GCAUAGCAGCCGCAGAGCUGUGGCAAGAAUGCCAAGAACUUGAGGGGACAGGACAGCAAUUACUGGAGACAGCUAUAGCGGCUUUUCGAAAGAUUCUCGAGCUAGACACCUCCCGGCGGUCAGAGCUUCGCUACCUCGGCACAAUCGCUGCUGGACGCUUGCUGGUGGCAGCUGCUGAGCGAUCGGAUGAGCUCGGCACCUCUCACUGCGACGCUCUCCUUCUGGAGGCGACGAGGCACUUUGAGGAGGCUCAUCGUCUGGUCCGCGAGUGGGGCCACGAUGAUCUGGGCGAUGCCUGGGGCGAUUGGGGCAAAGCGCUGGCACUGCAAAUGCGAAGGUACAUCUCCAGUAUCCCCAGCCUUGGGAGCCAGAGCCGAAGCCUGAAUUGGAGUGACCUCUUGCAGAGAGCAAGUACUCUUUGCAACCAGGCUUCAGAAAGGUUCCAGGCCGCCACAGAAGCAGUGGGAGAAGGGGAGGACGAGGAAAUGGAAGACCGAAGCACGGGUGACCUGGAUUGGAUGGUUUUGCACAUCGAGCACCUGUCCGCUUUUGUGAGUCUCGCUUCCCGGGGCGUCACCGAAGCUCCUGGCGCUGAGUCGCUGGAGUGGCUUCGUCGUGGGAUCCUUGCCUUUCAGGAAGCGGUCCGUUUGGCUUUUGCAGUGGUUGACCUCGCUGAUUCAGCUGACUGGCAGCACAAAGCCUUGCAAGGAGAUGUCUUUGCAGCAGGUUACCACCUCCUCUGCGCUGCGAGACCUCAACACCAAUUGGUUGCGGAGGCGCCCGAAACAUGGCGGAGUGGCCUCUUCGGAAGCCAAGGUAUGCUGAUGCCCUCGCCUCCAAUUUCAGGCGAGUCUGCGCCCGCACAAGCCCAACCACAGCCGGUCGAAGUGACGGCGGAGGACCUCGUACGCCUUGCUGAAGAAGCGUAUGGCCGUGCUUUGGCAGCACCUGGGGUGGACAGAGGAGAGGUGGGACUCUCUUGUGGAGAGCUCGCAUUGUCGCUGGCCCGGCGUGCCCUCGCAGAUGGCCGGGAUGCCACGUCGGCUCUGCAGGGUGCAGCAACUUCGCUGCAGCUCGCAGCCCGCUUCGGCACCCGGGAGGAGAAGGCCACUGCCUGGUACAACCUCGCUUGCGCUGCCGCGUUGGCCGAGCGGCCUUCGAAAGCCAGUGAAGCGCUAAGUAUCAGAGUAGCUAUCACGCUUGUAGUUGAGUCUUCACUGCCGGUGGAUGAGUGCGCUGAUCUGUCCGAUGAGCUGUCCGGAUGCGCACUGAGUGCCUUACAGCUCAAAACGCAGAAGCACUUGUCGGAUUCCGACUUGCCUGGCAGCUUCUCUGUGGCGCUCUCCACAGAGGCACGGCUCUGA